GAAGAACUUCUAAUCGACUUUCGUGAGCUCAUUGGUGAGCAUUCAGGUGACAACAUGGCCCAGGCAGUGUUUGAAACUCUGGAACUCUUCGGGCUUAAGGGUCGGGUGCUUGCAAUAAUGGCUGACAAUGCUUCAAAUAAUGACACCAUGUGUGAGGCACUGCAAGAAUUAUGUGAGAAGGAAGGUGUUACAUUUAAUGCAUGCUGGGCUCAACUGUGGUGCAUGCCUCAUACAACCCAUCUUUCAGCUUUGAUGGUACAGUGUUCAUGUUAG